GUAGACAAAAGUAUUCGGCUUCAGUUCGUCGUGCGGCAACUGCUCUAAUUGCACCAAUUUUAUUAGUGAGUAGAACCGUGUGUGGAGUGAUUUUUUAAAUUUACAACAAUAUGAGCUGGCAGGAUUACGUAGACAAACAGCUCUUGGCUUCAAAAUGCGUUACGAAAGCCGCAAUCGCUGGGCACGACGGAAACGUUUGGGCCAAAUCAGAUAAUUUCGAUGUAUCAAAAGAAGAACUAGCAAAAUUAGUUCAGGGCUUCGAAAAACAAGACAUUCUCACAUCCUCAGGCGUAACAUUAGCCGGUAGCAGAUACAUAUACCUCUCUGGCACAGACCGUGUAAUUAGGGCGAAAUUGGGAAAAGUUGGUGUACAUUGCAUGAAAACGACACAAGCUGUUGUAGUAUCCCUUUAUGAAGAUCCAAUUCAACCUCAGCAAGCAGCGUCAGUGGUAGAAAAGCUAGGUGAUUACUUAAUUACCUGCGGUUACUAGAGAUAGUGUGUGCCGCUGUAAGCAGCCAUGCCGUGCGGCGAAAAAUUAAUUAUUAUUAAAUUUGUAUUUUUUUCAAAAUAACAGCGAACCGGCAAUGUGUAUACCGAGUGCAUCAUCAUUAAAUACAUGGAAAAGUCAUAAAAUCGGAAAUUGUAUUUUCCUUUUUUUAUCAAACAACAUAAAAUAUAUAUUAUAUAUCGGUCAAAUCAUUCAAUUUUUUCAUCGUUGUCCAUCGUGGUUUCAGUUAUGUUACGACGGUCCUAAUAUUAAAUUUAUAACAAAAUUUUUGGCUUUUAAACCUUUUAUACAUACCUCGUAGCAUAACUGCAACAUUUAUUGCCAAUCAUAAUUUUUGACUGUGGUCUCAAUUAUCAUUGUUUUUUAAGAGUAUUUAGGAUAUUUUAAGUUUUUUCGAGUGUUUCGCAAACUUAACUGAGAUAAGUUUCCGGAACAUCAUGUGAUUUUUUUAAUUAUAAAGCAUUUUCUUGUUAGCUUUUCUCAUACCAUUGCUAUCUCUAAAAACAUUUGAUACUGAAGAACUUACAGUUUAGGAUUUUUUAAUAAAAAAAUCUCUAGUCCUGCUGUCUCUAUUUUAUUUUCGAUCCUUUACCUUUCCUGGACUCCUGUGCUUUUUGUAAUAGUGCCGAUGUGGAUCUAAAAACUGACUUCGGAAUUUAUCAGAAAAAGGGUUAGAGUAAGCACAAAAUAUUUAUACGGUUUAACAGUGUAAAGUGAAAUUUUAUUGGCUUGUUUAAGUUUUCAAAAAAACGUUUUGCUUUAGGUUAUAAAACAUUUUUUUACAAUGAAAAGACAGUGGAAGUGAACAUUUUGUUUAUUGCAUUUUACUAAGCUUUUUAGAUAGAAAGUCUAAUGGAAAAGCGCAAUUUUCCUACUAUUAAGUAAAUAGUUGUGAUAUUUUUAUUUUGUAGUAAAUUUAAAACUACUAUUUUUUUUAUAGCUACGACUUAAUUUUCAAAUACUUAUUUUGUUUUAUAACCUAAAACAAAUCAAGUGUUACGUCUGCUUUCCUUUUUAUUUAAGCUAUGAUUGGUGUGAGCUAGUCCUAUUUCCAAAUUAGCAGCACUAGUUUACCGGACACUUUAAAUAAGACCAUUUUGGAAUUUUUGUGAUAAAUUAUCAUUUAGUUUUUAUUAGUAUUUUUCGCCAGUAUUUAAACGUUUUCAAAUAUAUUUAGGCUAUUACACCAAUCAAAUUUUUUUUUUUUUUUUGGAAAAAAAUAUGACAGUUUUCAGUAAAGAAAAAUGUUCAUAUUUUUUCCCCAAAAAUGCUGUCAUAUUGUAAUGCAUAAUGCUCAGAUGUCUUUUGAUAUAAUGAAAGACAAUUACUUUUUACCUCCUAAUUUAAAGUAAAAUCGAAAAAGUAGCUUUGUAAAAUUUCUGAUAUAAUUCGCAAGGGAUAUUGUGUAUCUAAAUGAUAAAACAUAAUAAAUUUGUAUUAUAAAG